CAAUUUUGAGGAAGACAGCCGGAUGCAACCAGCUGUGGGACACUGGAAGCCACUGAUGCCAUCCAAAGACAGCAAGGAGGGCCAGGAGACUGCAUGCCAGGAUGCUGGAGGUGUGGAUGAGACCCAGUCCACCGAGCAGCUCAAUGUGUCACGUCUACGCAGCUCUUCAGUGGAGAUCCGUGAAAAGGGGUCUGAAUUCCUGAAGGAAGAGCUGCACAAAGCACAGAAGGAGCUGAAGCUGAAGGACAAAGAGUGUGAGAGACUGUCAAAAGUCAGAGAACAACUGGAGCAGGAACUGGAGGAGUUAACAGCUAGCCUAUUUGAGGAAGCCCACAAGAUGGUGAGAGAAGCAAACACUAAACAGGCGGCGUCAGAGAAACAGCUGAGGGAGGCACGGGGGAAGAUUGACAUGCUGCAGGCAGAGGUGACAGCUCUGAAGACACUGGUGAUCACAUCCACACCUUCCUCUCCGAACCGGGAGCUGCACCCUCAGCUCCAGAGCCCUUCUAAAGCUGUCUUCAGGAAGGGCCAUGGGCGAAACAAAAGCACCAGCAGUGCAAUGGUCUCUGCUGCCAGCCAAAAUGUGACUCCAGAGCCAGUCAGUCAUGAGUGCAAAGAGGUCGACUCCAUUUUAUUUGCUGAGUUCCAGGCCUGGAAGGAAUCUCCAACUUUGGAUAAAUCCUGCUCCUUUCUGGACAGAAUUUACCAAGAAGAUGUAAGACCUUGUCUGGACUUCACUAAGCAGGAGCUGUCGGAGCUGGUGCGAGUGGCUGUGGAGCAGAACACACUCACCAUUGAGCCGAUCGCUUCCCAGACGCUGCCUGUGGUGAAGAUGUCAGCAGAAGAGCGUGGUGGGCCUAAGAAAUGUGCUCUAACUGGCCUCCCCAGGACCUGCAAGCACCGCAUCAUGCUUGGAGAUUCCGGGAACUACUACUACAUUUCACCAUCCUGCAGGGCCAGGAUCACAGCGGUGUGCAACUUCUUCACAUACAUUCGCUACAUCCAGCAGGGCUUGGUGAGGCAGGACGUGGAGCUGAUGUUCUGGGAGGUCAUGCGGCUCCGGAGGGAGAUGUCUCUGGCCAAACUUGGGUUUUAUGCCAGUGAGAUGUAGGCAGAGGCCUGAGCAUGGAAGGAAACUGCACCUGUAUGAACGGCUUGUCAAAUGUCUGCCAAACAGAUGAAUGCAGUGCCUCUCCUGCAGUGGGCCUUAGUCCCUCUCCACCCUCCCUCUGCCUGAAGCUGAUCAAGGAGCAAGAAGCACAAGUUCCACUUUCAGCUGUCCCACUUCUUCAGCUGUGACUGGAAUACAGCUACCAAGCUACCCACU